GUUUCCGAGUAUGCGCGCUUUCUGCGCACUUCCUGCGCAGUAAAGCUGCGCAGUGUCUUCUAUUUUUCCUGCUGGUUUUCCUCUUUUCUUCUUUCUGUUGCAGCUCUACAGGACGUCGCAGCUUCACUUUAAAACAUGUCCUCCAGGGUUGCCGUGGUAACAGGCAGUAAUAAAGGCAUUGGCUUUGCCAUUGUCCGCGCGCUGUGUAAGCAGUUUGAUGGGGACGUUUUUCUCACUGCCAGAAAUGUUGAUCUGGGUCAGAAGGCCGUGGAGUCUCUGAACUCAGAGGGACUGAAGCCCAAGUUUCAUCAGCUGGACAUCAACGAUCCCGACAGCAUCGAUAAAGCUUUCACGUUCUUCAAAGACAGUUACGGAGGAGUGGACGUCCUCAUCAAUAACGCUGGCAUAGCUUACAAAGUUGCAGACACGGCGCCGUUUGCCGAACAAGCGGAGGUCACUCUGAAGACGAACUUUUUUGCCACCAGAGACAUGUUGACCAAGUUCAUGCCGAUCAUCAAACCUGGAGGUCGUGUGGUAAACGUCUCCAGCAUGGCAGGUUCCAGAGCACUGAACGGCUGUAGCUCCGCCCUCAAAGAGCGUUUCCACAGCGAGGACAUAACGGAGGAGGAGCUUGUGGGACUGAUGCAGCGAUUUGUCGAUCAGACAAAGCGGAACCAACACAAGGAGGACGGUUGGCCUGAAACGGCUUACGGAGUGUCCAAAACUGGACUCACGACUCUGUCCAUGAUCUUGGCUCGGCGUCUGUCCAAGGAGAGACCAAAUGACCAGAUCUUACUGAACGCCUGCUGUCCAGGCUGGGUUCGCACUGACAUGGCUGGUCCCAAAGCUCCAAAAUCACCAGACGAGGGCGCUGUCACACCGGUGUACCUGGCUCUACUGCCGCCUGGAUCCACGGAACCUCACGGGAAGUUUGUGCUUGAGAAAGAAGUCCAGCCGUGGUGAAAGAC